CAUCCCACUACAAGUUACAAGUUACUUCAAAUCUCCACCACUAACUCAGCUUCAAUGUUGGACUUUUACUAUGUCUAUCCUCUCAUCACCACCUUGAAAAUUCUUAGCAAUUUCAAGUUCCACGCUGCCAAAGCUAGAAUCACUUUUGUUAUUAUAUUAUCUUUUUCAUAUGUUGACCAUUUUUAAUAAAAUAUUUUAGAAAACAGAAGAAGUAGAAGGGAAUUUUUUUUUUUUUUUAAAAAAAAGCACCCAAAGCUGGGCCAGGAAAGCGCGGGAAAAAUUGAGUGUAGAGAAGGUGAGAACUGAGAAGUCAUAGAAACGCCCCAUUUUUGAGGCGUGGAGAGAAUUAGGGUUAGGGUUUGAAUUGAAAAGGGGAAAAAUGGAGGAAGAUAAGGGAACAACAGGAAGCAUAAAACUAAGCCAGAAAGACAAAGAAGAGGAAGUAAAUAUAAGUGGUCAAGUCCAUCACCUGCCAUGCUGCAUCAAACUCAAUGGUCCUUGCUCUGUUUCCCAAUACUUCAGACCCAAAGCCAAAGGGAUGGAAAUUGAUGGGUUAGCAGUAGAGGAAGCACAUUUUAGAGGAAGGAAGCUUCAAGGAACUACUAUUUCUAUUCCAAAUGGAUAUUCUGGCUUUGUUCUGGGAAAGAACAACUCUGGCAAAAGAAAAGCUUGUGAUGUAUCAGAAGGGAGCUUGAACAGCUGGCAAAUGAAAGCAAAAUUUGAUAAAUUAACAUAUUGGAAUCAUGAUAGUCCUCCUUCAAAAGAUGAUGCCUUCUUGCGUUCUUUUCAUUGGUUUGCCGUUGCAGAAGCUCUACACAAACCAGCAAAAGCUGAAGAUUUGACUGCUGCUUCUAUUGCUUCGGAAAAGAAAUGACCGACCUAUAGCGACACAUGUGGAGCAUCUUCUGAUCUUUGGCACCGUUUUCCUUUCUUGUACUGGUUGCGGAGAAAAAAUUGAUUGGCUAAUAGAGAAAAGUGGGGAACAUCCCAUAAUCGUCAUCUGGGGAUUUGCUGUACUUGUCAUUCUUAAAGUAGUUUGUGUAGUCAAAAUUAAUUAUCACUUUGCAGAAGGGCACAAACCAGGGGAAAAAAUAUGUGAAAAGUGUGCAGAGGUCGUUCUGUUCAGGUCGGACAAAAGCAUAGAUGGGUUGCCCGUUAGUGUAGACGUUUCACAACAUCGGAUGUAGCUAUGUAACUUGAACACGAAUGAGCCGUGCAAACCUGAUACUGUCAACUUUUACUGUAUUCAACUAUAUUUUCCUUUUCCCUGGCAAUUUCUUGACAACAUAUGUAGAGUGAAUUAGUAAACUCUUAGAGGCACAAUGCAGCUGAAUUUUCUUCUUUUUUUUGUGUGGGGGGAGCCAAUAACUGAAGUUAAUUCCUUCUCGUUUCUCCUUUUGCCUUGCUGAGAAGGUUUAGAACCAUUGCAGGGGACUAAAAAGAUGA